AUGGUCGUGCUCUCUGCAACUCUGGAGGAGUCAGUUAGUAGCGGAAUCGAUUUGAACACCAACGCCUUCCUCCUGGUUCAUGGCUGGACAGCAGGUGCACUGCUCCUUGAAUCUGCCGACAAGCUCCUCCCUGCUUGUCAAUCAGCGAAGACACUCUCGGAGUUGGCAGCUGAAACCAGCGCAAAGGAAGGGCCACUGGCAAUCGUUCUGCGAUGCUGCAGUGCUUUGGGUUAUCUGCACUUUGACCCCCUCUCCAGAACUUACACGGCUGCAGACGGAACAGAGCUGCAGGAGCUUUUGUCAUGUCUGGGGCCAGCGUCAGAAGCAGGGAAGUGCCUGAGGCAACUUUAUUCUCAGGCAAAGCCUCCCUUCCAAAUAGCCUCGGAUGGGUUCAACUUGUGCUUGGAUGCUUGGAAGGACGUCAGGCCCAGCUGGAAGGCUUCCAACAGCAAAGCGCUUGGAAUUCUGCUUGAUGGUGUUGUGCUGGCGCCACUGCUAACAUCACUUACUUACAAUGCCAGAUGGAACGAGCAGGGGUUGGAUAUGGGACGAGAGAAGGCCUUCGACAACUUCGAGUUUCGGGCUCUCAGCAAAGCUUCCUGCGAGGUGCUUGGGUCCAUGUUCCAGGAACUGGGAAUCGGAAGUGUCAACCCAGAUGGUGCGGUCUUGCUUUCGGCAAAGGGCCGGCAACGUGUGUACUCCUACUACGUUCCCACGUCGUACUCGCCGUUGCUAUCCAAGUUCCACGAAGUCUUAUACUCCGAUCCUGGCUGGGGCUUCGCGGGUGAUCUGGAUCCAGAUGAUGGCGAGAUACAUGUAGAUAGAACUCUGAAUGUGGUUGGCAGCGGAGCGCAGCAUACCACGCUAUUCAAAGAUCUUCUCGAUCAUGUGCAUAAGGUAUUUGACAACGACAAGUUUGAGACUCAGCCGAAGUUCGUAAUUGACACGGGCUGCGGCGAUGGCCACCUGCUGCAUACUAUCUAUGCGCACGUGAGGGACCAAACCGCAAGAGGCAAGGUCUUGGAAGACCACCCGCUGACCAUGAUAGGGGUGGACUUCAACGAGAAGGCGCGAGUGGCCACUGCCUGCAAUCUGGAGGAGCACAAGGUUCCCCACCGUGUGAUCGCCGGAGACAUAGGCAAGCCUGCUGCCUUGAUGACUCAGCUGAAGCGAAAGAAGGUGGAUCCAAGCAAGGCCUUGCAUGUUCGAUCUUUUCUGGAUCAUGAUCGACCAUACAUUGCUGCCAAACAGCCGCCGGCAGAAGACAGUGCCGCAGCUGCCUUUGCCAUGGCGGAAUUAGCAGAUUUCGUUCAUUUAGACAAGGACGGUGCCCCCAUUCCUCCUCUGGAACUGUUUGCCUCACUGGUAGAGCACAUGGCUCGCUGGGCAGAUGCCUUGCAAGGUUCUCACGGACUGUGCAUGCUUGAAGUGAUGCAGCUCGAUGUGCCAACCACAAAACGUUUCAUGAACGACUGUGUGUCGUUUCACUUUGACAUUCUUCAAGGCCUCUCCCGACAGUACAUGGUCUCCGCGGUGUCAUUUGCUAUGAGCUGUGCUAUGGCAGGGCUUUUUCCAACUGACUUCAAAGCAGUCCAAGCCUACCCAGAACAGGGGCGAUAUUGUCGGAUGCUAAAUCAACACCUCGUGCGGAAGCCUUACGUGAUUCGCCUGGCAGAGCUUGCGGACCUUCCAAAGCUGGAAUGCCUCGAAGAGAAGGCAUGGGCUCCGUGUCUGAGAGCCAGUUCUGAAGUGCUGAAAUCGCGGCUUCAAAAAGUACCGACUGGCAAUUUUGUUUGCGAGGUCGACGGAGAAGUAGUGGCAGUUUUGUACACGCAGCGAAUUCCAGCCGUGAGCGCCGUCGACUCGCAGAAGUUCAUGGACCUUUCAUCCUCGCAUGAUCCCAAAGGCCGCGUGCUCCAGCUGAUCGCCAUCAGUGCUGAUGCAGAUGCGAAAGUUGUUGGAGUUGGGUCGGACCUUCGCUCAUUUGCGUUGCUCCUAGCUAAGUUGGAUCCGACAGUGGACACUGUAAUUGGUGUGACCCGAUGCAGCAAUUACUCUGCAAAGAAUGGGUCAGACAUGGCGGGCUAUGUGGCUGGUCAUGUGCAAGGCAAGCAUGCAGAUAAGACCCUGGGCUUUCACACAGGAUAUGGCGCUCAUGUGGCACGUCCUGUGCCAGAUUUCCGGCCCGAAGAUGAGGACAACGAAGGCACCGGCGUGUUAAUCCAAUAUGAUGUAAAAAGCUGGACAGCCUCCCACAUGGAUAUCACACCAGCAAACGCUGUUGGCGAGAAGAAGACGCCUGAGAACACGGCCACGGCAGUUGAUGUACUGCGGGGGAUCUUGGCCGACAUGAAGCAUCCUGUAAAGGACGAGGACCUUUCGCUAGGCUUUUUCAACCUGGGCAUUGACUCAUUGGAGAUGGUUCGCAUUCGCAACCAGCUGUCCACCUGGGCCGGUCGAGAACUUCCCUCCACCUUCUUGCUGGACUUCCCAAGUGUCCAGGAAGCUGCAGCCGAGCUGCAAAGGCAAAAAGGCAAGGACGGCAAAAAGACCUCAGCUUUGGAGGUCAUCCGCCAGGUGAUGGCUGAUAUGCAGCGUCCUCUGUCUGACGACCAGCUCAAUUUGGGCUUCUUCGUUCUAGGGAUUGACUCUCUAGAGAUGAUUCGCAUCAAGAACAAGCUAAGCCAAUGGCUCGGGGAGGAGCUUUCUUCAACAUUCCUCUUGGAUCAUCCCAACGUGCAGGAACUGGCCACAGAGGUGGACAAGUUGGUUUCAAAGCGCCAAAAAAAUGGAUCUGGAGAUGCAGAAGCCAAUUCAGAGCCAACCAUCCUCGAUGUGGACUUGCUACUUCAGGUGCAGGAGAAGCUCAAAAAGGCUUACUCACUGUCCCAGAACCAGAAGAAAAUGGCGGCCCUUGUCGCCAAGCAUUCUGAUGACAAGGCUGCCUAUGCCAAGGCCCUGGAGCCUCUCCUUGCAGAAGUUGAGGGCUCCGUCCUGGUGAGCCUUGGCAUCAUUGACGACUUGCAGGCCGCAAAUCUUCAGAAAGGCCGCAAACUCCUCGCACUGAGCACAAGGAGGCUCCGUAGGAAGGAGGAGGUGGCCAAAAACGAACAGGAGAGACUUGCUGCUAGAAUCGGAUGGGGUCUCUUCUACCCGUAA